UAAGCGUUAAUCUGCGUCUGGUGCGCAGGCGCACAAAUGCAUUGGCGGUCGGGAUGGACAAGGUGCGCUUUCGAAGGGGGAACUAAUCGACCCGGUUUCGAGCCUUGACCGCGUUGGACGCCCACUGUUUACAGAAAAUCUCAACUCGUAUGAGGAAACAUCUCUUGGUCUCGAAGAUCACGUUUUGACUUGAGAUGUUGCGUGAUGGAAGAUGUUGUUCUAGCCGUUUUCUCAAUGUAGAUGCGUUUUGCACGGAUUACGCGUAAAUGAGAGAUUUCGUGAGUACAGAUUUGGGAGAAUUGAAGCGUUUACUUUCUUUGUGAGGUUCCUCUGACGAUUAAAAGUGUUUUCUUUCGGUUUGAGAUUGAGCCAGACGUUGAACAAAGCACUGCUGAUAACAUUACCACUGUGACUUUAGUGGUCAUCUCAACUCAAACUCAUGAAUCUGGGCAUUCUGGAGAAGAAAAAUCAUCUCAUACGGGACUUAUCAACUAUUAGCGGAUACAUUUUAAGAUAUACGUUGCACACAUGACGCAAAAACAGGGUCAUUUUAAAGUGGUCCAACAGAAUAUUCAAUCUAAAUCAUCUCUCUGGUUUCAUCCAGCAUCCUAUUCUAACCCCAACUGUGUGCUAUCUGAUCUGCUGAGCCAUGCUUUAUAGCUGCCCGCAUUCCCAACAUGGGGCAAAAUGUGAGCUAAUUGAAUUACAAGACUUGGCGCCAGAUGAUCGCAUCGAGUUAGCGCCCCCUACCUGCCCUCCGGUCACCGUGGGACAAACGCUGGAAAGGUGGAGCAAAGAAAAGGUGGUGCGGAUGGUUGGGGAACAGGUGCGUUUGGAGGACCCCGAUUGGCUGAUGGGUAAACCCGGGCAGGGGCAUGACUUCCAGCCCUGCGGUCAAACGCAGUUGAGUUGGUGUGACCUGUGCGGGGAGUUUAUAUGGGGACUGUACAAACAGAGUCUUCGCUGUACACACUGUAACUACACCUGUCAUUCCCGCUGUCGACCGUUUAUUCAACUGGACUGCAGCUCAAACUGUGAUUCCAUCACCGACCAAUCAAACUACUGUGAGGACACGAUCGAAACAGACACUAAUGUGGAUGAACAAGUAGACUGGAGGAAGCUGGAGCUGUCUGUCAGUGAAACUCAACAGAAAGUGAAAGAAUACAAUGCUCAGGUCAACAGCAACCUCUUCAUGGUUCUGAACCGUGACGGGUCUUACACUGGCUUCAUAAAGGUCCAGUUUAAGCUGGCCCGCCCCGUGUCUAUCCCACCUCCACGGAGCCCGUCUUCCUCCUCUGGAUUGGAUGACGAAUGUCAGGAAGAUAAAUCACUGAAGCAACGCACUUCAUUUUACCUGCCCAGAGACACAGUGAAACACCUGCACAUCAGCUCAAACACGUGCGCCAGAGAGGUCAUCGAAGCUCUGCUGAAAAAGUUUACCGUAGUGGACAAUCCCGCAAAGUUCUCGCUGUUCGAACGCAGCGAGCGACAGAAUCAAGUGUACUUGAGGAAGUUAGCAGAUGAUGAGCACCCUCUGUUCCUGCGUCUGUGUGCUGGACCUAACGAGAAAGUCCUCAGUUUAGUCCUUAAAGAGAAUGAGACGGGGGAAGUUAAUUGGGAUGCAUUCAGUUAUCCUGAACUCCAGAACUUCCUGCGUAUACUGAAGCGAGAGGAAGAGGAUUACGUCCGACAGAUCGUGCAACGCUAUGCCCUGGCACGGGAUAAGAUGAAAGACGCUUUAAAAAAUGUUAGCACACCUGGCUGAAAUGUAAACUGACUGCUUUUUAUACCUCAGAAAUGAAAAGGAACCAUACUUAGGACGCUCAUACAGGGCUUGUUUGAAUCCAAAGAGUGUGUGGAAGUACCCUUUGUCCUUAAAUGGUCGAGUCCAUUAGAGGGCAUGAGAGGGGUUGUAAACGAAUGGAAAAUGGAGUGAGAGUGUAGGUUUAAGUGUGUCUGUGAGGAGUGUGACUUUACACUGGUAGAAAUACUGCUGUUGUAGCUAGAUUCAGUUGAAUGCUGCUUCAGUGGAGUGUGAAUGCAUACAAUAAUGCAAAUAUUUUAAAGAGUAUUUUAAGAUACAUCAUUCAGAGGUUUAAACUGACAAUAGGAUGCUUUUACAGUUUCGUCAGAUAUUGAUGUACCCAUGUAAAGAUAUUGGCUGUAAAUUUCUCUGGAAUUAAAAUAAAAACAUAUAUUUUUC